UCGUCAGCGGUGACAUAUUAUUAGUCUCUUCUCUGAUUUCUUCGCGGGCUUACCUGCCGACUUUGAGACGUACGCAUCGCAUAAUUCGUAUGGUAAAAAUGACUCCUGAAAUUAUUGUUCUAUUCGUGCUCAUUUUCAAAGGAGUUUACGUAAACGGCCGCGUUUAUUACGUCGACGACUCGCAGAAUAACGUUGGAAUUGGCUACGAUAAUACGAACAACAUCAACGACAACUCGGAGCAAUCCUCCAGAGAUUUAGACCUCAGUUUUUCCAGCGGGGCCGAGUUGACGCCAGAAAAUAAUCAGAGAGAAGUCGUAGUUCCGAUUUUAACUCGAAUCCAUCAGAUGCAGCAUCCAUACGGAAUCCCAGAAAGGCGGUACUCUGAAAUUAACAAGGAAAUUGAUCACCCCUAUAUUGCCCCGCACAGUUAUUAUAAAUUAAUCGAAGUACCAGAAACUCGUCCUCCAAGAUUCGAAGAAAUAAUCGUUCAACCGAAAAGAAACGCUAAAUUUCCCGUUCGAUUCAACGGAGAUCAGAAGGGACAAGUAAUAUUAGAGUUAAGAGUCAUAACUAACAACGACGCGAUGUAAUUUGAUAAUUUUUACUCACACAGCGCUGACUUUUUAUUUUUUUGUACUUUGCUUUCUAUAAAAACAUGCAAUAUUGUAAUA